AUGUCCGACGUCAUUCGGCAUCAUCUGCGCUCUGACGUCAAGCUUCACCCACCACCCACCAUCCGCAUCAAGACCAAGUCACGAAUACCACCACCACCAUCACGACGGCAAGACAGCCCCUUACCCUUCUUCUCCACAAUUGCUCCUCCAUUCCUUGACAUGACCACGCCCUGCAUUGGUGACCUGCGUAAUGGUGACAAUCACAGCGCUGAGUGGUGUACUACUACUCACUGGACAGCGGACACUGACUGA